AGAUGUACAGCAGUAUUCAGACGUUUUACGGGCUUUAGUGAAGAUAGGAAAGGAAAUAAUUAAAAACAAAGGAAGAGAAAAGAACGAGAAAAAGAAAAGAAAAUCUGGGAAUAUGUCGUCAUGUAGAUGGGAGAAAUUUCGAUCAAGAUUUACGAAUAGAGAACGGUUCCAAAGAGGGAAAACUUGGAGUGAAGGAUGCCAUCCCGAUUAUCAAGAAUAUAAAAAAGUUGGAGAAUUUAAAGAACAUUCCAAAAACGAUGUUGAAGAUUCAAAAUCCGCUUUUAUUUCAGUUUCUGGACGCCAAUUAAUUCCAGUAUCGGGCCAAUUGAAGCCUGUAACAUUCAACAGUUCGCCUCAACUAAAGCGCCCUUUCGUUAGAAAGGCAAAUGAAGAGACGACUAAAAAGUUUAGUUUUAAGUUAAUUAGACAAGAGAGCGGUGACAAGAAUGAAGGAGGUAGCAGAGAAUUUGGCACAGAUUAUAAGAUAAGAUUUGCAGAUUCAACAACUGAUUCGAGUGUUCCACCAUCUCCUCGAUGGCCAAGGAGAAUUUGCGUAUUAAAGAAUGAUGAAAAGUCUACAGACUCUGAAGUAUCGGCAACCGACUAUCUUAAAUCCAAUCUUUUCGCCCAUCUUUCGAGAGAAGAACGUAUAAGAUUAUACAAACAACAAAAGAGAAAGGAAAUUGCAGAAAGAUUUGGCAUAUCUCUGGAAGGUCAAGUAGAUCUACAGUCUAUAUGUAAUCGUGUAAAUACACAACCACAAAGACCUUUACAUAUGAUUGAAGAACGAAAACCAGUUAAAGAGAGCAAAAUUUAUAUUGAAUCUUCACAUAAGCAAUUAAGUACUGAAUCUUCAGCUUUAUCAGCACCACCAAUUAGGCGUCUGGUUAGGCAAUCAAACGUUCCGGAGAGUUUGAUUUUGUACAAGUCAGCAAAGGAUAAAAAUUCAAUAGUUGUAAAAGAGUUAAGAGAAAGACCUACUAAAACUGCAGUAACUUCAAAAGUAAAUGAAUACGAACGUAUGGCUAAAUCUGGCGGGAAAAAAGUCGAAAGAACCAGCUCGGAACGUAUAAAAAAUAGUAGUUUAUCUAAUUCUAUCUCAGAACAUAUCAAAAAGUUGUACUCUAUGGGUCAUUCAGCUCCAACUAUUCAGGACAUGCUCUACGGCCAUAAAUUAGCCGAAAAUCCUCCUAAAGAUGAGGAAAUACGAUUAGAAAUAAGCAAAAAGAAAAAAAUUGAAGAUAAACCCGAAAAUAGCGAGAAACAAAAGUUUGAGAAACAAAUCAACUCAAAGAGGAAGUCAAAGAAAUUGUUAAAAAAGAGUCAUUCUAUUGGAGGGGAUAUAAGAUUCGUGAUAACAAAAUACGAAGAUAACGAGGAGAGGGAAGAUAGUCCUGAGCCUUUACUGCCGUUACCUAGACAUUCUAUAAUAAUGAGAAACAGGAGUAAAACUUUGUCAGUAACAGACUCCAGUUCAGAGGAUGAAAAGACAAAGUGCCCCUCUCCGAGAAGAUCUCCGAGAGUAUUGGCAAAAUUCAAGCAUAAAUUCUCUAAUAAGCAAAUAUAAACUUAAUAAAAAAAUUAUUUGCAUAAGCUUUAAGU